AAUCAUAAAAACAAAAAGGUAGUUGGUAACCGAAAUUUUUCAUUUCCGUCAAAACCGUGGAGAGGCAGUUUGUGAGUACGUCGUUAUUUUUUUUUAAGGGCCUCGAUAGAAGUUAUAGUAAGAAAAGAUAGGCGAACUCUAUUUUUACGUUCAAAUUACACUAUUUUUGUGUUCAUGUACUUAUAAAUACGUAAUUUCACGUACGCAUCACGUGUUAAGUACUAAAGGCCUAAUAGUUUUUACGAAGAAGCCGGUAGGUUUUUUAUAGAGACCGUUUGAUUUGAAAUAUCAGUCCAGAACAAUGGCAGACGAGAACAGAAUAAGAUCCUUCAAGAAUAAAGGCAAGGAUACAGAGGAGAUGAGAAGACGACGCAUAGGCCAAACUGUUGAACUGAGGAAGGCCAGAAAAGAUGAUCAAUUGCUCAAACGAAGAAACAUAUCCACAUCGGAAGAACAAACGUCUCCACUCCAAGAAAGCAAUUCUACUUCGCCCGUUCCAAUGAAUGCGGAGGAGAUUAUGUUUGGUAUGAUGAGCCCUGAUGAGAAUAUUCAGUUCAAGGCAACACAAUCUUGCAGAAAAAUACUCAGCAGGGAGAAGAACCCUCCGAUCGAUCAUAUGAUUAGGUUGGGCGUUGUACCGAGAUGCGUCGAGUUUCUUGGGAAAAUGCACAAUCCGUCGUUACAAUUUGAAGCUUGCUGGGCCCUCACCAACAUCGCAUCGGGUACGUCGGAGCAAACGGCUGCCGUGGUACAGGAAGGGGCCAUCCCCAGACUGCAGGCUUUGUUGGCGUCGCCGCGUAUCGACGUUGCCGAACAGGCAGUAUGGGCUCUAGGCAACAUCGCCGGUGAUGGUGCCAUCACCCGCGACAUGGUCCUAGCUUCCGGGGUGCUUCCAGAUCUGCUCAACCUGAUAAAACCCGAUACUUCCAUCUCUCUGCUCCGUAACACCGUUUGGGCCAUCUCCAAUCUCUGCCGAAACAAGAACCCCUGCCCAGAUUUUAACUUUGUGAAGCCCGCGUUGCCGACACUCGCUAAGUUGCUGUCGUAUAACGACAAAGACGUGCUUGCGGAUACUUGUUGGGCCCUGAGCUAUCUGACGGACGGUUCUAACGAGAAGAUCCAGGCUGUGUUGGACACCGGGCUGAUCGACAGGCUGGUCCAGCUGUUGUAUAGCGAUGAGAAUACCGUCUUAACACCUGCACUGAGGGCAGUUGGUAAUAUCGUUACCGGGAACGACCAGCAAACCGAUAUGGUUAUCAAUGCCGGGGCGUUGAAAGUUAUGGGCAAGCUGCUGCAACACAACAGGCUGAAUAUUGUUAAGGAGGCUGCCUGGACCAUUUCGAAUAUCACUGCAGGUAACAGCGAGCAGAUCCAGAAAGUUUUAGACGCCAACAUCAUGCCUCCGCUUCUGCACGUCCUGCAAACCGGCGACUUCAAGAGCCAGAAAGAAGCUGCUUGGGCCGUCACCAACUACACCAGCGGCGGGACCAUAGCGCAGUUGGCGAAACUGGUGGAGAUGGGAGCUCUGAAGCCCAUGUGCAACUUGUUGAAUUCGAAAGAUUAUAAGACUGUCGUCGUCGUUCUGGAUGGGCUAGCGAAUAUCCUAAACGCUGCGAAUAAAAUGGGUGAGGUUGAAAAAGUGGCGAUACUGAUCGAGGAAUGCGGCGGCUUGGAUAGUAUCGAGGCUUUGCAGACUCACGAUAAUGAGAAGAUCUACGAGAAGGCUCUUAGUGUUAUCGAAAACUAUUUCUCGGAGACUACCGCCGAAGAUAUGCCGGGACCGACCACCGCCGACGGCCAAAUUCAGUUCUCGGCCACCACUCAAGUGCCUAACGGAGGUUUCUCCUUUUAGAUUACCCCGCACGCCCAAUUUGUUACGAAUACUUCAGACACCUUCAUUGUGAUCUCUGCAUUCCAGUAUUUUAGAACAAAAUGAGGUGUUCAACUUUAACUGGCAAACGAUACAAUGUAAUUUGUUCUAGGAAUAGGCUGAAAUGUCACUGGACGUGAUGAUCUUUACAACAUUUUGGACGUUUUCUACUCUUGUAUUUGUCUUUUUGUAUUUAAAUUGUUAUCGUGAACUAAAAAAGUUGGUUAUUUUUAUCAUAAUUAUAUUGUUUUUUAUAGUGCUUUUUGUUUAGUCGAUAGUUAGAUAGGCCUGCCAUACUAAGACCUGUUACUUUAGAUUUAAUAUUAUUCUCUAAUAAACUUUUAGUAUACACUUUAA